AUGAUCGCACCACGGAUCGCGUCACGCGCGGCUCGGCGGGUGUUAGGUUCAAGUAUCAUACCUCGCACUGCUCCGUCAGCAUCCGAUUUGGCUGACGUGUUUGACGUGUCUCGCGUGGCGCCAUCAGCAGCAGAUCUAGCUGACGUGGCCGACGCAUCUCGGGUGGCUGACGUGUCUCGCAUGGCGCUGUCAGCUGCAGAUCUGGCUGGCGUACGGCGGAUUUCUACUUACCGUGCGUGUUCGUCCGCCUUACUGGCUUCUCCGGUACCUGUAGCCCCGAACCUACCGUCUCCAUGGACGAGCCCGUUGACUCGGUUGACUCAGACACGCGGGUCGCAGUUCGCGUCAGGGUUCUCCAUGCCGCAGCCGAAGCGCCUCGAGGAGAUCAUGUCGGUGGACGCGCUGCGAGCAUGCGAGGCCGACGAGGUCGCCGCCAUGUGGAACAACCACCACCUGGGUCGCACGCAUGUCAGCACCGUGAUUUCCGCUGCUGCUUUCGAGACGUUGCAGCACCGAGCAAAAGUGUGCCCUAUGUUUGUGCUACCAGUGGCAAGAAGCAAGGGAUUUGUCACCAUGCUCGCACAAGCUCAGAUGCCCCACCUCUUAUUCACUGGCUUGGAGGACUUCAAGGUCCGAGGCCCCUCUGCAGCGCCAUUCUUUACAGUCUCACACUACCCCGACCUAGCAGCUGAGAAAGGGGUGGUUCUGGUUCGGGGAGACGUGGUCCUUCCAAAUAAGAUGAAUGAUGAUGAGCUAACUGCGGAGAAAGGGGUGGUUUUGGUCCUGGGAGAGGUGGUUCUGCCGAGCAAGCUUAAUGGCGAUGAGGUGAGAAUAGUGUAG